AUGUCGUCGAAAGCUCAACAAAAAAUAGAUUUUAAUGAUUUGGACCUUAACCGUAGCUAUACCUUUGAGAAAUUCGAAUAUAUAAACAACCAGUUAAAAUACCAUACCUUUAAAAUUAACAGACAACCUGUUAAUCUUUUCAAACAUGACAAAAACGGAAAUCUAAUACCUAUGCCACAAGCAACUAUCAAUAUAGAAGCUGUUAUCUCAGAAAUUGUCAAGCAACUUGGUAAUUGGAAUGUUCAAACUGGAGGUUUUAAUUUCUAUAUUGGAGGUAGAAGAAUGAUUCGUAUCCCUGAUAUAUCCUUCACUUCAAAAAAUGUAUAUCGUCAUUUGACUCAACAACAACUCUGGACCUUCAAAGGUGAACCCUUUAUACCAAUGGUUGUUAUUGAGGUUUCGGAUACUAUCAAAGAUUUUAAUACUAAUAAAAAGAAGAAAGUAUUUGAUGAUUUGGAUGAAAAGUUUAAAUUUAAACACUUUGCAGGGGAUAUAGAUGAAGGUGAUAUAUUACCAGGGUUUAC